GAUCUUUAGUACAGAUGCAUACAUGGAUUUGAAUUGUAGCCUGAUUAACAACUUCACAACAUCUCAGGAAGCUAGUCAGCAAUAUUGGCACAGCGGUAUCAAAAUAAAAGGACAUUUGUUGGUAAAGUACAGGACCACAGUAUUAGCAUCAUUUAAAUAAUAUCUGUUCAUGCUAGUAUUCGGACAGACGAAAGUUACCUUUGCAUUAAAUUAGUUAGCGUCUUAGCUUAGCCUGUACUUGGAGUGAUUUGCCACUGGAAAUGAAAGCGGGCGGUGCACUACACUGUCAUUGUUCCAAAUGCUUCUCCGUUCCUGUGCGGAAGCGGGUCCGUAAGCGUGCCCCUGUCCUGACCCUACUGUCCCUCCCUGAAGAGGUUCUCCUAUGUGUGCUCCAGUGUCUCUCUGCUGAAGACCUGUUGGCUGUCAGAGCUGUGCACUCUCAGCUCCGUGACAUCAUCGAUAGCCACUCCAGUGUUUGGGCCCGGGUCAGUUUCAGGGAUACCUGGCCCUCCCCCACAACAGUCUGGCUCUUUGAAAGGGCUGCCGAGAAAGGGAACUUUGAAGCCGCUGUGAAGUUGGGGAUCGCCUAUCUGUACAACGAAGGACCGUUGCUGUGUGACGAGGGCCGGGCUGACCGGUGUGGGAGGAAGGCGUCCCGCUUCUUCAGCCUGGCAGAGAGCCUGCGCCCGCCCACGGCAGACCCCUUCGUCUGGCUCUUCAUCCGUCCUCCCUGGUCCCCCACCGGUAGCUGCUGUAAGGCCGUGGUGUUUGACCGGCUCAAGGCCGAAUGUGAAACCAACGUGGAGAAGAAGGGGCCUUUGCUGCAUUGUCUGGCCAGGGUUCUGCAGCUCUUUGAUGAGGCUGACAGGCAGGCGGAGGCCCUGCCCAUGCUGGAGGAGUCUUCCCAGGCAGGCUGUCUGCAGAGCUCCUACAUGCUGUGGGAGCACAACCGCAAGUCUGCAUCAUCAGACCCAGGCAGGUACCUCCAGUGUGUACGAACCCUCAGGGACUACGCAGCCAAAGGAUGCUGGGAAGCACAGCUGUCUCUGGCCAAGGUGUGCAGCAGUGGGAACCCGCUGGGCCUGGAGGCCCGGGCCUGUGCUGACCUGGUGGCCCAGCUCUUCCACACCAGCCCCCAAACCCCUCGCCACGGCAGCGACGAGAGCCUCCGGCCAGGCAUCAAGGACACCAUGAGGUACAUCCUGGUGGACUGGCUGGUGGAGGUGACCACCAUGAAGGACUUCUCCAGCCUCACGCUGCACGUGACCGUGAGCUGCGUGGACCGCUACCUGGCGCUGCGCUCGGUGCCCAAGGCCCGCCUCCAGCUGCUGGGCAUCGCCUGCAUGGUGGUGUGCACGCGGUACGUCAGCAAGGACAUCCUGACCAUCCGCGAGGCGGUGUGGCUCACGGACAACACCUACAAGUACGAGGACCUGGUCCGCAUGAUGGGGGAGGUGGUGUCCGUCCUGGAGGGCAAGAUCAGGAGCCCCACCCUGCUGGACUACGGGGAGGUGCUGAUGUCCUUGCUGCCCAUGGAGCGCCGCAGCCUCCACCUGUUCAGCUACAUCUGCGAGCUGUCGCUGCUCUACUCCUCGCUGGGCACGGCGCGGCACGCCACGCUGGCCUGCGCCGCACUGCUCCUCACGCGGGCCAUGCACCACUACGCUCCCCUCUGGCCCAGCCAGUUGGCUGACUACACGGGCUUCUCCAAGCAGUACCUGGUGCUGUGGACUGUGAUGCUUUACGUCAAAUGCUUCAGUGAGGAUAUCCCUAAAGACUACCGACACGUUUCUCUCACAGGGGUGAAGCAGCGCUUUGAGGAUGAGGCCUACCAGCACAUCAGCAAAGAGAAGGUCAUCGACUUCAAGGAGCUGUGUCAGAUCCUGGAGGUCCCGGAGGGGGAGCCUCAGCUGCUCCCCCCCAGCCCCACGGCCCAGCUGGCUGAAGCCUACACCUUCCUCUCCUCACCGGCCAGCCACAGCAAGAGGAGACGAGAGGACUGCCUGCAGGCCCACCGAGGCAGCUUUGUGGCCACGCCCACAGCCGAGCUGUCCAAUCAGGAGGAGACGCUGGUCGGCGACAUCCUGGACUGGAGCCUGGAUACUUCCUGUUCGGGCUACGAGGGCGACCAGGAGGAGGAGAGCGAGGGAGAGAAAGACGCAGAGACUUCAGCCGUGGCCCUCCACCUGGAGACGGAGCCAGCGGAGAGGGAGCACCGCUGCCGUGCCCUCUCCAGCGACGAGGACAGCUUCUGCCAGGACGGCCAACAAAAGGCGGCGGAGGGCCAGUGUAGCGCCAGGAGGAGACCCCGGGAGCCCCUCGUCUUCACCAGCGAGCCCAGCUCUGGAUACUCGUCCGUCCAGAGCACCAGCCCCUCCACCUCCACGCUGAUGCCCUGCACCUUCACGGCCGUGCCCCCCGCCUCCCACUCGGCCUCCGCCCACGCCGUGCCGGGCUUCCGUCUGCUGGUGCCGAUGCAGAGGCCCAGGUGUGCCGCCCGCCGGCAGGUGAAGAGGAAGAAUGCGGCCGCCCACAGCGGAGGAGAGAUGGAGAAAGAAGAGGAGGAGGAGGAGGACGAUGAAGAUGUGGAGGUGUAUGCUGCCAGUGUUGGGUUUCUGAGCCUAUAAGUGCUGGCUGGCUGGCAUGGAGUGAAGAACAGACUGGAUGUCUCCCGGACGUCAGUCAGUCAGUGUCCUGCACUGAUGUCAGCUGACCUGGCCUCACCCUCUGGACCACCACGAACCGGGGAGCUUUAACGAAAGGGAAAAAAAGAACAAAGGCGGUCAUAUGAACCAGACCCAUGCCUUAUGAUUUUGUUGUGUUAUUUUAGUUUUACGUGGAACAUGUUGACAGCCUCUUGUGUGCGUGUCUGUCUAUCUCCCCAUAGUUCAAUAACUUUCAUGGAUUUCUCAGUAUUGAAACCACUGGACUUGACACUGUUACAUUGCAGUUCAUCUUGCUGUACGCUAACCUUUGAAACGAGCAGCUAUUUUGUAUCUCAUGAUAAUUCAGUGACCUCUGUAAAGGAAACCUCUGGACAUGUUCUAAGUUAUUAGUAACAUGACGAUGUUAUAAGAACCACAUCACUAUUCCUCAAUAAGAAAGGUUCUUGAUAUGCACUGUUCUUCAGGGUUCGCUUCACCUUUUUGUCCAAAGAAAAAGACCAUUCUGUAGUUCAGGUUACAGUUUUUUUUCUCUGGCUAAAAGUGUGAUUUUCAGUUUCUGUUAACAGAUUUUUCCCAUUUCAUCGAACUGUACACAAGCCAAAGGUACUCCAUGGAACUUUCCAUGGGUCAGAUAUGUGUCAGUUGAGUAAAAGACUGAAUACAUUGAGCCGUGGUAGGAUGUAUGUCAUGUAUUGAUGUAUAUGUAUUACUUACAGUUUGGUAAGUAUACAAAGUGCCCUUACAGAUACAUCAUGUUCAUUUUUAGUUGAACUCUUGUUUGACACUAAACAGCUUUUAUAAACCAUUAAUAAGCAUUGUCAGCUGAAUGUUUUAGAGAUGUGAAGCCUGAGAUGUUAAGUGUUUAUUGUUUAGUCUGUGAAACAUGUUGUCACAAUAAGGAGCAACGCGUUGCUCACCCUUCCUCCCUUGGGUCCAUCUUAAAUUGAGUCCAACACUUUUGUUGUCAUCGAAGCAGAGCAAACUCUACUGAAUUUAAAUGUUUAAUGGCAACAUUUGCUCACGCUCGAACAAUCAACUACUAUUAUAUGUAUUAUCAAGUGGAGUUGCUUUGGCUUCUGUUGGAGAAAUGGAGGUUGACACACUAAAGGCGAAAUGUUGCUUGAUAAGAGUUUAAAAGUACUGUAGAUUUACAGCAACUCUAGACACAGCUGACACACGUCGGUUGAUGUUUUGAGACUGACUGUAAAUACUUUUGUAAAUGUUCUGACACACCUACUGUCUGGUAAUAUGUAAAUAUGUA